UUCAAUAAUUUACACAUCUGUGAUACACUGUUACAGAACAAGAAGGAGCUGCGAGGGGAGAGGACGUGUUUUCUCUUUAUUGCGGGAGUUGCUACAAAACAACAAACAAAACAAAAACAUGCUGUGAAGCAACUUCCCCCUCCACCACCUCCUCCUCCUCCUCCUCCUGCGCUGCCAGGAUGAAGACCUGAGAGAUCUGGUUCAGAGUUAACUCGUCCUAUUAGUUGUCUGACCACUCCUGUAUCCCUCCGAGGUGAGAGCAAGACUUGACCAUGGACUCCUUCAGCACCAAGAGCCUGGCCCUGCAGGCGCAGAAGAAGCUGAUGAGCAAGAUGGCCACCAAGAGCAUGGCCAACCUCUUCAUCGACGACACCAGCAGCGAGGUGCUGGACGACCUGUACCGUGUCACAAAGGAGUACACCCGCAACCGCAAAGAGUCCCAGAAGAUCAUCAAGAACUUGAUCAAGAUGGUGGUGAAGCUGGGAGUGCUCUACAGAAACAACCAGUUCAACGGCGAGGAGCUGAUCCUGGUGGAUAACUUUAGGAAGAAAGUCCACACGCUGGCCAUGACGGCGGUCAGUUUCCACCAGAUUGAGUUCACCUUUGACCGACGCGUCAUGAGCGCCAUUUUGAAUGAUUGCCGCGAGCUGCUGCACCAGGCCAUCAAACGCCACCUGACAGCCAAGAGCCACUCGAGAGUCAACCACGUGUUCAAUCACUUCGCCGACUGUGACUUCCUGGCGUCUCUCUACGGGCCCACUGAGGUGUACCGCGCCCACCUACAGAGGAUCUGUAACGGGAUCAACAAGAUGCUUGAUGAGGGGAACCUCUGACCUACACUUGCCUCUUCAUCAGGCAUCUUUACCUCUAGUCACCCCCUCAUGUACCACCAUGCAAGAUUUUUGAUUUUUUUUCAUUUAAAGUGACAAUCAUUUACAUUUUUAUUGUUCAUUUGUUGCUUUUUGUUUGUGUGUGCCUUUCAGCCGUUACCGUUACACUGAAUUUUAUAUCUCGUCUAGUUAGUUCAAAGACUGUUUCUUCUUUUUUUUGAUAUUCCACAGUAAACAAAACCCAGCAGAUGUUCAAAUUUUUUUUUUUUUUGAAAUGAAUGUUAAACUUCUGGCUCUUAUCAGUAUAUUCAGCGAUAGGAGCCUUGACAACUGUGCCUUGAAAAAAAAACCAUAUUUUUGUCUUCAUUCCAAGGGCACUCUGCAUGCUCUCUUACUAAAUCAAGAAGACAUGAAUCCAGCACAGGCCUUCAGUCAUAUCUCUGUGAGGAGCUUUUAAUGGACCAAAAUGGUUUUGGGGGCACCAGGAGGGGAAAGAAAGUGAAUUUCCGUCUAUUCCAAAUACCCAAGGAUAAAGAAGUGAAUUUUUAUUUUAUCUUUUUUUCUAAAACUAGUAUUGCACUCAAUCCUGAACAAGCGCUGUACUGUACUUUCCUGCAAUAAUGAAACCAUGUGAAACACUGCAGUUGAGUAAUCCUGCUUAGCCUGCAUUUUACAGCUUUCACCGUCAUGCACUGAACUUCACUUUGUAGAGAGGCCAGGCCUUUUGUUUAGGAGGCACCUAUAAACCCAGUUCUGUUUAGUUUUUUUUAAUAGUCUGGUUUAUAGCCACCACAACAAAGAUGAGGUAUGAGGUAUUUGGGUCAUAGAGGGACCAUAAACGUGAAGGAAUUUGAUUGUGCUGCAUAUUGUUGAAUGUGUUGCUGGCUGUACGCUCAUCUGCUCGGUAAAAAAAAAAAACCUCCAACCUCGAGUCUAUAAAUGUCAUAAUCACAGCAGGGGAGCUGCACAAUAUGGCACCGGCCGCAAAAGGUUUCUCUGGCAUUUUGUCAGAGAGGGAAUACAAAGCCAUCACAGACGAACCGCUCGUCAUAAUAGAUGUUCGAGCCCAGGGUCAGCUCUGUUUCAGAUUUAGCAGCGUUGCCUCGAGUUUAUCCAAAAGGCACUAAAACUCUGGUUUGAAUUCUGACAGAUUUGAACCAAAAAGGCUCCCAAUGAGCAGUCGGAUGAAAGGAUGGAUGGAAAAAACGCAGCUCUGUGUUUAUGAAAAGGGCCAGACAGGGUACAGAGAUUAGAGCAGAGACAAACACAGUACCUGAUUGUGCUCUCCCACUGCAAUUACAGCUCCCUGUUCUCGGAUGGUAUAAUGGCCCGGAGCCUGCCUCCGUUGAGCAGCCUCUCCAUUUCACCAGACGGCAGCCUCUGUAAUGUAAUGGAGAUAACCAUCUCUGUUUGCGCAAUGCAAGUCCUUUUUUAAUGGAGUGAAAGAUGUUGUUGUGUUUCUUCCCUAAAAGGAGAAUAUGAAUAGUUACUAUCCCUCCCAAACCUCUCAUAAUAGAUGUCUUUCCUUUUUGUCUAUGUGUUUUUGUAUCACUGAGUCUGUCUGGGAGAUUGUUUUGUGCUGCGGCCUCAUUUUGU